AUCCAGCGGUGGAGACUGGGACUGGAGAGCAGCCGCCGAGCAGCUGAGUCGUUCCGUGUCCAAGCCUGGAAGGAGACGACGAGUCCAUGUGAAAAAAGUAACGUUACCUCGAAGAAUAUCAACCAUGUCUGCUGCUUUUUACGUCUGCCUUGUCCUUUGGUACCUCCAAAACAACGCUGUCGCAGCAGAGCUGGCCCCACCGGAGAACCUGACCCUGAUCACCUUGAACACCAACUACACCCUAAGCUGGGACCAGAGUUUUGCAGAGGGACAUGCUGUCAACUUCACCACCCAAUAUGUGGCGAAGUUCAAGCUAAGGUCUAAGAAAAAGAGUCCAGUGUGGCAAACUGCAUGUGAGAAGACGUCACGUAGGUCAUGUGACCUUACAAAGUUGAACCUGUACUACCUGGGCAUUUACAUGCUUCGCGUACAAGCCAGUGUGAACGGGCGUGUCUCCGACUGGAUAAUGAAGGAAUUCUGCCCUGAUAAAGAUGCUGCUGUGGGUCCUCCAUCCAGAGUGGAUCUUUCUCCUGCUGGAAGUGGCCUGGACAUUAUCAUCGUUGACCCUCUGACCAGCGGCAACCGCUCCAUGAAGGACCAUAUCCCUGACCUGUACUAUCACAUCCUCUACUGGGAACGCUCCGUAGACACAGAGGACUUAGAAACCCAGACGUUGGCUAGCAACGUCCCCGUGGUGACUCUGUCGGACCUGAAGGCCUGGACCUGGUACUGUGUGAGCAUCCAGUCACGCUAUGACUUCUUCAACAAGGAGAGCAGCUUCACCUCACCCCACUGCGUGCAGACCGAAGGUGCCUUUCUGUGGUGGCAGAUCUUUGGCUACUUCCUGCUCUCUCUGGUGAUCUGCUUCUUGUUCGUGCUAGUCAUACUCUGCAGCUUCUUUUGGUUCUUCAAGACUGUUAAGGCGACGUUUUACCCCUCCAACCAGCUGCCUACACACUUCCAGUAUCUUUGUGACUCAUCUGGGUCUGACAUUCCUCGCCUCCUCACCCCGGAUUCCGACUCGGAGCUGUUGUGUGAUAAGGUGACCGUCUGUCCAGAGCCACCGGUCCCGGAAAUCCACAUCCCUGCCCCUGAGGCCCUGCCAGUGCCCCCGUCAGACAGCAGUGGCAGACACUGUCGCCAGGGCAGCGGCGGCAGCGGAGACUCAGGAGUGUACUCCACAGGGUGCAGCUCGGGCCUGCGGCAGCCCGACAGCAUUCAAUCGUCCUCGGGGGACGAAGACUCUGGCCAGAGUUUCCUCGACUUGGAGCAGGUGAAGAUGAAGAACAUGGCUCCAGGGCUCAAGACUCGACUUCUGAUCGCCGACGAGGGCGUUGUUGACAUGUGUGUAUGAAGGCAAGGCAUGCACGCUAAAAAGACGUUUGUUGAGAAGAGCAUGAAGCGAGGAUGAACCGUGGUAAAGGAAGAUAGAGGUUUGUGGAAAAUGUGCAGCGUGCCUUUUCUCCAACUGUCACUGUGAAAUGAGAGGAAACAGUUAUUUAAAAAAAAAAAAGAAGAAAAGUGUGGAAAAAGGACUUUUAGAAAACAAGAUAAUGAGUCACACGGGAACAAAACCAUGUGCUGUGAUGUCACUCCGUGUUUCCAACUGCCAAGAAGGAUACAUGUGGUCUUCACUGUUGAUAUCUUUCUUUACUGAUGCAGAUCCUCAUGUUGCCUACUGUUCCUGUCUAAUUUUAAUGUUGUACAUUUCUUUUCCCUCAUCUCCAACAGCCGCAGUCUUAGCCUUCAUGCUGUGAAUGGUUGAAAGGUCCCUCUAAUCUGACUAAAUGUGGGUGAGAGGACAAGCUAAAUUUAUACUUCUGCUGCUGUGCGCCUAUGUGGGCUGAUGCAUGCUGGGACCACAACUGUCCUGAUAUCCCACCUUCCGGCUCUGAUGUCCAAUCAGUCUUCUGCGGCAUUUUUGGCGUCCCAUGUUUCAGGAGACGAGCCUCUCUCUGGGAGCUGUGGGGCAAACCAUCUCUGCAGCUCUGCAGAAAAGCUUGCGCACAGAUGGUUAGCAUACUAUAAAUUAGACAUUGCGUAUCUAUGAGUGUAUAUAUGAAGCCUAGUCUGCAUUAAUAAUGUCAUUGUGCUUUAAUGGGUUUACAUAAGUAGCCUAAAGGUGCUAAUUAGGUAGCAUUAAGUAUAGGGCUGGACGAUUAAUCGAAAAUGUAUCGACCUCGAACUUCUGAUGCUGUACCAGUCAGCCGCAUGGACAGCAUCAUGGAGGAUAACUCAAACACCAAGUCCCUGUCAACUGAGCAACUUGUGCCAAAAAAAACGCAGUGUCCGUCAUCUGGAAAGAGAUGAUUUAGAACAAUGUGAUUUAAUUAUCAUUCAUUUAUUGUUAUCGAGGUAGAAUGUGCAAUUAAUCGUGAUUUGGAUUUUAGGUCAUCGUGCAGCCCUAAUUAAAUAAACAUAAGCAGAUGAAGUCAAAUAAAGUGACUACAGAAGGUAUGACUGACACCAACAGUGGACGUGGGUGCAAGUGUUGUUGAAAGAUGUGGGAGGCUUUGAAUGGAGUCUGCCUCUUGUCUGUUUUGCACCUACAGGAGAGUGCAGCGAUUUCUUACAAAAAACCUAAUUGACAUCAGUAGUAAACAGAAGCACAUACACUCGGCUGCUGUUGGCAGUAAGUCCUCCUUAAUGGAGGUUUAAAAGUUCAGUUUUUGUGGCCGUUGAACUGUAUCGUCUUCCUGACAGGUGUUUGUUAUAUAGCCUAUUCUCAUUGAUAUAAAUGGGAUGGGCAAAAUAAUAGACACACCUGUAGGAUAAUACAACUCAACAGCACCCCUGGCAGUGCUGGUCAUUGCGAGUUAAGGGUAAGACCUGGCCUGUAAACCAGAUGGAUCUGGUUCUGCCAGCUCGUGUUUCACAUUCAGACAGAUUUCCAGCCAUCCAGAACCCCAGCGGACCAAUCACAACCGGUUAACUCAUAUGGGGCGGGUUUAAGACGAUGACUGGCAGAGGAGCGUCGUGUUAGUAGUUACCGAACAUGGUUACUGAACGUAACCGGUAUACUGCACCAGACUCAGAUCAAAUUGUCAAACUAGGCAGUGCUGCUCAUAGAUGAAUCAAGACUCUGUUACUCUAUUGCAUAUAGUUUUAAGGAACACAUUUUAGUCUACUGAUUAGUUCUAGUUUUAGAAAGUUUUUGACUCGGGGCGCCAUUUUUGUUCCUGCUUCAAAACGGAGCAAGCACCGCCUCAAGUUGCAUGUGUCGCUCAGCGCUACGUCGUUUCGUUGCGGUGAUUGGUUGUAGAAGGUCUAUUCAGUUGCGCCCAGAGGCCGUUUGGUAACGCCCCUUGGAAAUUUGAAAUGAACUCCAUUAUUAUGAAUCCACUUUAUUUUUAUUUAACAUUUCUUUUUCUAUACAGAUAAUCUCAUUGAGACACACAAAGGGCAUUCACACAAAGAAGGAAUAGGACACAAAGUGUCAUAAAGUGCUAAGUCAAAAGUGCCAAGUGGUAGUUUCAAACUAUCAACAAGAACAAGAGCAGAUCCCCACAGACGCUCUUUUCAGAUUCCUUAAAAGUCAUUUAAAAACUCCUCGGGGAAUCAUGUUGGCCAGCUGCAUGUUCCAGCCUCACCUUUAAACAGGCUAGUUCACCGUAAACAGGGAUCGCUGGUCAUGUCCAACAAUUCAUCUAAAACAGCUACUUGUGGAAUUUCUUCACAUAAAAUGAAACCUUUUCCGACCUGUUAACAUAGUUACAAAGUUAAGUGGUGUGUUUCUGUGUGUAAAACAAACAAAAAGGAGUUAGGAAUUCAUUUCUGUCCUUUGGUUUUUCUAUUUCUCAUCUAAUCAGUCAGACUUGAUGUCUCUGAGGGAAUCUUGUAUUAAUUUUAACAAGCAUUUGAAUACAUUUUUAUUCUGCCA